GGGAGAGAACGAGGCGGUGGCGGCGCCCCAGAGCCGAGGGGACGCGCGGGCCUCUCGCCGCGGGAGCUGACGGCUGCGGAGGAGACUCGGGGCUGGCUGCUCGCGGCGGGAGAGCUCGGCCAGGCGACUGUCCUCCUCAGACGCCACCGGCCGCGUCCCUCGCCCGGAGUGGCCUCCGCCCCUGGAGACUCGCCUUGACGCGGGCCUAAGCCGCGGCGGUUGCGGCGUCCGGACCGCUCGGAUCCGUCGGGCCGGUUGGGGACAGGCGUCCGGCUAGGUGCCGCCCCCCGAGGGCUGGCCGGGGUCCAGGCGCCCACCGCGCCGCCCACGGGCCGGACUCGGAGGGAGGGGCCCCCCGCGCAGCCCCCCCAUCCCUUCGGCCGGAGCCCGAGCCGCGCCCCGCCUUCCCGGGACGGAGCGGCGGGAGCCGGGAGAGCCCGCGCCUGAGAGGAGGGAGGAGAAACUUUGCCUUUUAUUGUUUUUCGUCCUUAAGUCCGAGGAACUCUGUGGGGUGGGAAAAUGUCCUUCUUCAAUUUCCGUAAGAUCUUCAAGUUGGGAAGCGAUAAGAAGAAGAAGCAGUAUGAACAUGUGAAGAGGGACCUGAACCCCGAGGAGUUUUGGGAAAUUAUAGGAGAACUGGGCGACGGAGCCUUCGGGAAAGUGUACAAGGCCCAGAAUAAAGAAACCAAUGUUUUAGCUGCUGCAAAGGUGAUUGAUACCAAAUCUGAAGAAGAACUUGAAGAUUACAUGGUAGAGAUAGACAUAUUAGCAUCUUGUGAUCACCCCAAUAUAGUCAAGCUGCUAGAUGCUUUCUACUAUGAGAACAAUCUUUGGAUCCUCAUUGAAUUUUGUGCAGGUGGAGCAGUGGAUGCUGUGAUGCUUGAACUUGAGAGACCAUUAACUGAAUCUCAAAUACAAGUAGUUUGUAAACAGACCUUAGAAGCAUUGAACUAUUUACAUGAUAAUAAAAUCAUCCACAGAGAUCUAAAGGCUGGCAACAUUCUUUUUACCUUAGAUGGAGAUAUUAAAUUAGCGGAUUUUGGUGUAUCAGCUAAAAACACAAGAACAAUACAAAGAAGAGAUUCUUUUAUUGGCACACCAUAUUGGAUGGCUCCUGAAGUGGUCAUGUGUGAAACCUCUAAGGACAGACCUUACGACUACAAAGCUGAUGUUUGGUCCCUGGGUAUCACUUUAAUAGAAAUGGCUGAGAUUGAACCACCUCAUCAUGAGUUAAAUCCAAUGCGAGUGUUGCUAAAAAUAGCAAAAUCUGAACCACCUACAUUAGCGCAGCCAUCAAAAUGGUCUUCAAAUUUUAAGGAUUUUCUAAAGAAAUGCUUGGAAAAGAAUGUGGAUUCUAGGUGGAAUACAUCUCAACUAUUGCAGCAUCCUUUUGUUACUGUUGAUUCCAACAAACCAAUCCGAGAAUUGAUUGCAGAAGCAAAGGCUGAAGUAACAGAAGAAGUUGAGGAUGGUAAAGAGGAAGAUGAUGAUGAGGAAACAGAAAAUGCUCUGCCAAUACCUGCAAAUAAGCGUGCCUCCUCUGACCUUAGUAUUGCUAGCUCUGAAGAAGAUAAACUUUCACAGAACACUUGUAUUUUGGAAUCUGUCUCAGAAAAAUCAGAACAUAAUACUUCUGAAGAUAAAUUUAGUUGCAAAGGUCUUAAUGAAAAACCCACCGUUGAUGAAACAGAAAAAGCUAUGGAGAGUAUUCAUGAACAUGUUAAUGAUAAUUACCUAGAAACUAUGUCUACAUUCCAUCAAGAAGAAACAGUUAUUAAGGAAAAUGGAAGAGAGAAGAAGAGACCCAAGAUUGAAAGUCUACCUGUUACAGAAGACCAAGCAACAGUGCACAUUAAUUCAGUUAAUGAAGAAAAAGAAAAUAAUAUAAUGACAACUUUAGAAACAAAUAUUGAACAGACUUUGAAACCUGAGGAAGAAAGGGAUCAGGGAAAGCAAAGGAUGUUUGAAAAUAAGGUUAUAACAUCUGAAGAAAUUAAAGAUAUCACUGUUGAGGCAGUGGAUUUAUUUUCUCAUGAGACUGGAGAAAAAGAAGCAGAUAUUCACGCAAUCAGUAAUGAAAUAGAACUUACAAAGGAAGCUACCCAAGAGAAAUUGGGAGAUGAUGAAAUUCAAAAAGAUGUGAUCAGGGAUGCAAGUGUUGUAAUAGGAACAGAUGAGGCAGUAAAUGUUGCUCAGGGGACAGCUGAAAACAGUGCUGAGGAUGCUUACAGUAGUGAUGGGAAAGGAAUGGUUGAAGUAAGGGAGGAAUUAGUCAGCAGGUCCAUGGAGGGCCCCAAGGCCAGAGGUAUUGAGGAAGUACCCACUAAAGAAAUAGUUGAAAUUAAGGAGAUAGAUCAAAAAUCUGUAGAAGGUAAAAGUGAGGAACAGUUAAUCAGCAGUUCAGAGAACAUAGUGGAGAGCAGUGAGGAACCAAGAACAAAUGAAGUUGCAGAAAUUACUGAGUCAGGUAGCACUGAAGAAAUAGUGGUCAGAAGUGCUGUGAUGCAUUCUGACCAGAAGACUCUGGGAAGUGAAACUCUGGAUGCUCAUAAAGCUACUACUCAGAUAGAUACAGAGCAAAAAGAAGUUCCAUGUGAAGUGCCAAGUAAAAUUGAACCCCAAGUUAUUGCUGCUUCACAACCCAGUGAAACUCAGCUUGUUCCAAUACCCAGUAUUAAUAUCAACUCUGAAGAUGUGGAAAAUAAAAGGGAAACAAGUGCUUUAUCAAAAACUGAAGCCAUGUUGCCAGAAUCUGAGAAUCAAAAGGAAAAUGAUACUGAUUCAGGCACUGGAUCCACUGCUGAUAAUAACAGCAUUGACUUGAAUUUAUCCAUCUCCAGUUUCCUAAGCAAAACUAAAGACAGUGGAUCAAUGUCAUUACAGGAAACAAGAAGACAAAAGAAAACAUUGAAGAAAACACGCAAAUUUGUUGUGGAUGGUGUUGAAGUUAGUGUAACAACAUCAAAGAUAGUUACAGACAGUGAUUCCAAAACUGAAGAAUUGAGGUUUCUUAGACGUCAGGAACUUCGGGAAUUAAGAUUUCUUCAAAAAGAAGAGCAAAGAGCCCAACAACAGCUCAACAGCAAACUUCAACAACAACGAGAACAAAUUUUCCGGCGCUUUGAGCAAGAAAUGCUGAGCAAAAAACGACAAUAUGACCAAGAAAUUGAGAAUCUAGAAAAACAGCAGAAACAGACUAUUGAACGUCUAGAACAAGAACACACAAAUCGCUUGAGAGAUGAAGCAAAACGAAUUAAAGGAGAACAGGAGAAAGAAUUAUCCAAAUUUCAGAAUAUGUUAAAGAAUCGAAAGAAGGAGGAACAAGAGUUUGUUCAGAAGCAACAACAAGAAUUGGAUGGCUCUCUGAAAAAGAUCAUCCAGCAGCAGAAGGCAGAGUUAGCCAAUAUUGAGAGAGAGUGCCUGAAUAAUAAACAGCAGCUCAUGAGAGCUCGAGAAGCUGCAAUUUGGGAACUUGAAGAACGACACUUGCAAGAAAAACAUCAGUUGCUUAAACAGCAACUUAAAGAUCAGUAUUUCAUGCAAAGACAUCAGUUGCUUAAGCGCCAUGAGAAGGAAACAGAACAAAUGCAGCGUUAUAAUCAAAGACUUAUUGAGGAAUUGAAAAACAGACAGACUCAAGAAAGAGCAAGACUGCCUAAGAUUCAGCGAAGUGAAGCCAAGACGCGAAUGGCCAUGUUUAAGAAAAGUUUGAGAAUUAACUCAACAGCCUCACCAGACCAGGACCGAGACAAAAUUAAACAGUUUGCUGCUCAAGAAGAAAAGAGACAGAAGAACGAGAGAAUGGCUCAGCAUCAAAAACAUGAAAAUCAAAUGCGGGACCUUCAGUUGCAGUGUGAAGCCAACGUGCGAGAGCUGCAUCAGCUGCAGAAUGAGAAAUGCCACCUGUUGGUUGAACAUGAGACUCAGAAACUAAAGGAACUAGAUGAGGAACACAGCCAAGAAUUAAAGGAAUGGAGAGAGAAAUUAAGACCUAGAAAAAAGACACUGGAAGAAGAGUUUGCGAGGAAGCUGCAGGAACAGGAAGUAUUCUUUAAAAUGACGGGGGAGUCUGAAUGCCUUAACCCAUCAACACAGAGCCGGAUUUCCAAAUUCUAUCCUAUUCCUAGCUUGCAUUCCACUGGAUCAUAACAGUGGAAUGAAUGCAAUCUGUGUUUGGAUUUGGCUUUUGAAAUAGGUUGUUCUAUCCUUUCAUCUUCUGCCACAAUCUAUGUCAGAGAGCUCAUGAAGACAAUCACCUCCCUCACGUUUUAGGUGCUUUUUGUUGUUUAUUAGCAAAGAUGAAGGGAAAAGAGGAACCAAGACAGAUGCUGGGCCAGGUUGGCAAAGAAGCAUCUUGUAGUAAUUCCCUAAGGUAAUACUGUAUAUUACUUUUAAAGAUUACAUUCUCUGGAGAUUGUUAUCUGAAAAACUGUUAGAGAUAUGUUUAAAGUUAUUUAAAAAGAAAACUGUUACAUAACUAAGUAUUACUGAAUGUCUUUUUACCUGACUUCUCAAUAAUGCUUAAAUUCUAUAAUUGAAACUGCUGUAAAAAGUUAGAGUAAUUUUCUUUUGGUGAAUCAGCUCUCAUAGAAAAGUUAUGAGUUGCUCAAAAUAUGAUUGAUUCAGUAACUAUAGUUUAUUUUUAAAUAGCAACAACUUCUUUUAAAAAGAAAAAAUUUAUUUCAGUAAUUUGUCUAAAAUAACUCUUGUUUAGGCAUGAGCUGUAAUUAAGGUGCUAGUUUUAUUAAGAUAAUGCCUAAAACACUAAAUUUCAACCUAGGAUUUUCCUUUUGAUUCAACAGUAACAAAAUACCCUUAACAUUAAGCAUUAUCAUGUUUGUCCUAACCCAUUUGAUAGAAAUUUUCAUCCUAAAAUAUAUACUGUAUAAAGUUGGAAAGAUGGAAGAAAAAAUAACCUUAAGGUGUCCAAGUUGGAAAUGUGAGAGUAACCAAAUUAAAAGUAAUAAAGAUUUAGCUGUCCCAGCUUAUUUCAUAAAAUAAUAUGUGAGUUUAUUAAAAGACUUCAUCUGAACAAAUUAUGUUCAUUUAAAAUUCUGUCAGGGGCCUACAAGCUCUUGAUGUAUAUUUAUAAGUGUAUUUUCUGAAUUAAUCUAAGAGUCAUUUGUUCAGAAUACUUUUUCAAAAAGAAUUUAAAUAUUUAGGCAAAUGUCAGAAAUCACUGUUGUUUUAAAAUAAAAUCCUUUAUAUUUUGUUCCAUGUUUAAAUUAUUUACUUGAUAUGAGUGGGAUAAGCCUGAAACCUUUAUCAUGUGGUUGCUGAUAUGUGUAAUUAUUAAUGAAAUGAAUGUUCACUCUUAGCCCCUUCUGAGGCUUAGAAUUUCAAGCACGUGUCAGGUCAAGCAGUAUUAUAAACUGUACUUUGGUGUGCAAUGUAGCACAUUCGUAAGUGAUUCUUGCUACCUGCCCUUUGUAAUGUAGCCUCUUUUAAGAAUACUAGGUACCAAAUCGUAGAAGUUUCAGUUUUUAGUAAUAUUACAUUUGAGGUUGGUGAAAAAAUUUAAAUAUAAUUUUGUGGGAACACUGAUUCAUUAAGAAAAUGUAAAUAUCUGUAGCACUUUCUUUCAGUUAAUUUGAAAACUUCGGAUGCUGAACCUCAUUUUGUCAGUCAUUUAAAUGAUUUAAAAAUGCAUGUGUGAUUUUAAUUUUGUAAUUAUUUUGACAAAUAAUUUACCUGGAAAACUUUGUAGGUAGCCUUAACUUUGGCCAAGUUUUUUUUUUUAUAUAUAUAUAUAUAUAAAUAUAUAUAUAUUACACACACACAUAGAUAUAUAUAUAAUGUAUGGUUGUAAAUUCAUACACUUAUCACAUGGUUGUGUUACUGUAUACAAGAAUCUUAAUGCUUUAUUCUCAAAAGCUGGGUUGGAAAAUGUUUUGAAAGCCUUUUAAAAAUGUAUAUCUUUAUAAAGUAAUAUUCAGGAUGAUGAUGGAAAGUGUUUAUAUUGUUACGAUAAAAAUGCCCAGUAUUUAAUGUUUUAUUUUAAGAGGGAGAGAGUAGGUACUUUUUGUACCACUUUCUCAUUUGAAAUUUUGAGUUUCUUGGUUUUUUAAAAAAUAAUGCUUCAAGCAGUGGACAAGUUUUCAGUAUCAUUUAAGUGAUCUCCUGAAUGCUAAAUUAUUUGGCACAUAAUUUGGUCUGAACAUUUGAUUCUUUUCCUUUCUUUCAACUGGACAUUCGUAGUACUGAAUAAAGGAAGGGGCUCAGAGUAGGAUAUUUGACAUUCUGGUAAGUUUAUUAGCAACUCUUGCAUCUCCCUUAAAACUGCCCUUUGGAUUCAGUAUGCUUGAGUUCUCUUUCAAAUAUGACCAGGUUUAUGUGGAUGCAGGACUAUAAAAUGAUACAUAUAUAGAGGUGAAAUACUCAUUUGAUACUUAAAAGUUACAUUUUUUUCAGCAAGUGUUUUGUCAUAGGAUAUGCUGUGUGCCUCUCUGCCCACUUCUUGUCAGGCUGUAUAUUCAAAUAGGUAGUAAGUGAUACUGCAUGAAAUGCGCUGGGGAGUAGAUAAGGGGCACAAAUUUCUUUGAAAUCAGAGUAUAGUCAAAUCCUUUCCUGAUUUGGUUGUUUUGUUGCCAUGGCAGCAUGCUGUGAAAUGCAAAAAAGAAGUUACCCAUAUGUGCAUCCUAAUUACUCAUCCUCCCCUAUUCUCCCUGCAUUCUGUGAAAACACCAGACCACACACUGCAGGUCUAGCUCACAGAGCGUCUUGUACCAGGUUGCCUUUCCUGUCCUGUCAAUCCAUAAUUGGGUGUGAAUUGCCGAAUUAGCUGCUAUUCUCUAUGGAGUCACAGUUAAGCUUUUCCUUACUCUUUCCUAUGGGGAAACUAUAGGGUGGGUAAGGAGGAAAUUUAGAGUGCUUUUAUUUUGUUGAUCGGAACUUUUUCUUUGACAGGAUACAGCAAAUUGUAAUUAAGUAUAAACCAGAACCAGAGCUACCUCUAAGUAGUGUUUCCUCAAGCACAAAGCUCUCAGGCAUAUGAGACUUUUCUUUAAUGGAGGGUCUCUGAUUUCUUGAGCAUCAGCGAGUUUCAGAAGUGACUGUCUUUUAUACUCUCCUAGUUCCCUUGUAACUACACACUUUCUCCCAUUCCACACUGUGCUUAAAUGACAAAGACUUUUCCAAGAAGCCAAAUUCUGUCAAAAGAUUAGCUAAAGAUAAAGUCGAUUAAAGGAAAACUUAGAACUGAGGUGGAAGAGGAGAGUUAGUUCCAGUUCUAAUAGUCUUCUGAUUAAAUAAAUACAUUCUUUUCAGAGAAAUGAUCUUUUAUAGGAUAUGGGAUAUUUUAAAUGCUUUUCUUAAGUUGAAGGCACAACAGUUAAUGCCUCUAUUAUUGCUAUUCUGUGUCAGACAUGGUUUGAUAAUAGCUUUAAAUUUCUGCUACUAAGCUUGGGAAAAUGUUAUACCAGUUGUUAAGUGUGGCUGCAGCUUUUUGCGAUCCUUCUCUGAUUUGCAGUGUGAUGUCUUCACAAGUAAAUUUUCGGAAAGAAUUUUUGUUUAAGAUUAUGCCUCUUGUCUGUUUGGUAGCAACAUGCCUUUUCAAUCAUGGGAUUGACAAAUAAAAAAUAAAGUUAUUUCUUAAUCUA